GUGCAGUUUGCAAGGAUGCUUAAAAUACAGCACCCAUGCUCAGCUAAUGUUUCGGCUCAAUGAGGAGUUGCUAGAAUAAUAAGUCAGAAAUCCAAAGCUGUAUAAAAUGCUACUUCGCCAUAAACAAGGUACCUAGUGGACAACUAUAAAUGACAUCUUGCUGUAAAGAUGACAGUGGAAGAAAAGCUCACAACUGAAGAACUGGAAUGCAAAAUAUGCUAUCAGAGAUUUAAUGCUAAUAGUCGCAAACCCAAAAUUUUAGAUUGCCUUCACCGUGUAUGUGCUAGAUGUCUAACAAAAAUACUUAAUAUAGGAGACGGCUCCCCAUGCAUUUGCUGUCCAUUCUGUCGCAAUGAGACUGAACUGCAGGAAGAUGAAGUGGAAGGAUUGCCGGAUGAUACCAAUAUUAUCUGUAAACUCAGUGAAAAAAACAAGGCGCAAUGUAGUUCUAAAUGCAAUGAGGUGGUUUUGACACCUAAAAAUCUUGCUUCAUCUAGCCCAUCUCAUGGAUCUUCAAACUGUUUAGUGAUAACAAUAAUGGAAGUACAAAGAGACUCUAUUCAGACGCCAAGUCAAAACACCCUUUCUGACUACUAUGCUGAACAGAGUAUUGAAUCUGCUUCUGUAAGCUCACAGGGCCAAAUAGAUCAUGACCUUUUCUCCAAACUCUGCAACCACGUGCCAAGAAUACUAGUCUGGCUUCUUGGAUUUUUCUAUUUUGGCUCCCUUCCUCUUGGAAUUUACCUGCUUGUAAUUCAGAAAGUCACUCUUGGGAUAGUAUGUGUUAGUCUUGUUCCUUCUAGUCUAACUAUAUGCCUUGUAUAUGGCUUCUGUCAGUGCCUGUGCCAAGGAAUGUGUGAUUGCUCAAGAAGUUGACAAAAUGCCAUACUGCAUAAAUAACUGUUCAAGUGAUAAAUAUUUUUUGUUAACUACAGCCUAUAAUAGCACGCUACAGAACCAGUGAAAACAUGUAAAGUUGGCUAGGCAUGUAUAGCCAAUAUUAAACUGUAAUUUUGAUAUAUG